UUAAUGCUGAGCUAGACAAGCCCCCCAACCCCCGUUUACGGCGGCACCGCGGACACCACUCACCCCUCUCGCCGCCCCAGGCUGAGCUAGGCUGAGCUGGACUGAGCUGGACUGUGCUGUACAGUCCUGGGCUGGACUGGGGUAACUCCGCAGUUGGUUCUGCAGAAGGUCGCGGCUGCUCCGGGCGGAACAAGUUGCGCCGCUGUCCGGGGCUCGGGAUGUCCGCAAUCGGCGGCCCCUCGCUGCUUGGCAGCAGCAUGAGCUGGAAUGGAGAAUGAUCUUUAACAUGAAUCUCGCACAGCCCGGCGGAGGUUUGGGCGGCAACCGGUCGUCCUUAGCACCCCUUUCGUACGAGGGCAACUUGACCGCCAACAUUUCAAACGGGACCUUCCAAAACUGCAGCCUGCCGCCCCUCAACGCGACCCGGGGAGCGGUUCUGGGGCUGGUCCUCGGACUCUUCAUGUUAUUCGCUUUGGUUGGUAACAUUCUAGUCAUCCUCUCCGUAGCUUUCAACCGACACUUGCAAACAACCACAAACUACUUUAUCAUAAACCUAGCCAUCGCAGACUUGCUCCUAAGUACAACAGUGCUGCCCUUUUCUGUCACUUUAGAGAUCGCAGGGCACUGGAUCUUCGGGAGGAUUUUUUGCGAUAUUUGGGCGGCACUUGAUGUGCUCUGUUGUACUGCCUCCAUCAUGAGCCUGUGUGCCAUUUCAAUAGACCGUUACAUCGGUGUGCGCUACUCUCUGCGCUACCCCUCUAUUGUAACCGAGAAAAGGGCAGUGUCGGUUAUAGUGGCUGUUUGGGCUCUAUCGAUUGUUAUCUCCAUCGGACCUCUCCUGGGUUGGAAACAGCCUGCUCCGCCCGAUGAAAAGGACUGUCAGAUCACACUGGAAGCUGGUUACGCUCUCUUCUCCUCGCUGGGGUCAUUUUACAUACCCUUAACCGUCAUUCUGGUGAUGUACGUUAGGGUCUACAUUGUGGCCAAAAGGACUACCAAGAAUUUGGAGGCUGGUGUGAUGAAGGAGACCUCGGACUCCAGAGAGCUGACCUUGCGCAUCCAUUGCAGGAACAUUCAGGACGAGGCCCUUGCCUCCAGGUCCAAAGGGCCCCAUCUAAGAAGUUCGCUGUCGGUGCGCCUCCUCAAGUUCUCCAGGGAGAAGAAGGCAGCGAAAACCCUAGGCAUCGUCAUGGGCAUGUUCAUUCUUUGCUGGCUGCCAUUCUUCAUUGCCCUUCCGCUGGGUUCAUUCUUUCCAUCUUUGAAACCAACGGAGACUGUCUUUAAAGUAGUAUUUUGGCUAGGGUAUUCAAACAGCUGUGUAAACCCCAUAAUUUACUCGUGCUCCAGUAAAGAAUUCAAAAGAGCUUUUAUUCGAAUUCUGAAGUGUCAAUGUACCCGCAGAAAGCGGCCAGCCUGGCGGGUUUACAAUUACAACUGGAGAAUGAAUUCUCUUGACCAGCAGCGAAAAGACUCAGUGGACGGUGGCUCCAUUGUUUUCGGUGACAAUGGCAGAAGGCCAUCAUUGUGCCAGGGUCACACUCUUGUGGACAAGAACAAGCAGCAGAACAUAGAAAUGUGCAGCCUUCGAGGAUGGAGGCUGAUUUCAUCACGACGCCGUUCUUCCUUACAGUCCAAUGGACCAAACGAAAAGUAUGAGUUUACUGGAAGGACCAUCAAUGGAGAGUAUGGAAUCUGUAAUAGUUCAACCAUACCUACAAAGAAAACCACAGCUUUUGGGCAUUUUGCACCAAAUUCUGAGGGAUUUCAAAAGAGCGUUCCUAAUAAAAAGACGCAUCAUGUCCCAGAAACAAAUAUUUAAACAAGAAUCAAGACUUUCAUUGAAAUGCCUUGUUGUGAAAUGUUAUUUUGGUGUAUGCUAUAAUAUUUACAAAUGUAUAAUUCAUAUCAUAUUAUAAUUGCUAUAUAAAUGUUUUACUCUCAUUGCUGUACGUGUGAUAAUUCAUUGUUUCAGAUGUAUAUUAUGUUACUAUGAAAAUGUCGUACCCUCAGGAAAAUGUUUGUUACCUAAAAUGCACAAUUUACACUUCACUAAAGAUGUUUGUUUGCAUUUACAAGAUCACUGAUAUUUAAACUGCUUUAGUCUAUGUUAGAUGUAACAGUGUCUCACGUAAAACAUGUUUCCUUGAAAAUAACUUUAAAAAUCCAAGCCAUGGAAUAACUGCUGUUGUUGGUUUUGAUGAAAAAAUAUGUUUGCAGAAGAUUCACAGUGUUCUGCUUUAAAUACCUCUGUAUAGUUGGAUAGUAUGGGACCAUGAGAUAAUGUGGCCAUUUUCAUAUUCCAAUCACUCCUGCUAAACUAGUGUCAGUUUCCCCAGAUGUAACACAAUUUAAUAGAGAAAAAGGCAAGUGAUGGAGUCCAGGCCAGAAGAGAGGACAAGGCACUGGCUCACCUUGAGCCACAAUUCUCAGUAACUGGUUGCUGAUUGCAAAGAUUGGAGAGAUGAAUCAGAUCAGGAAGUGAACAGCCAGAGAAAAGGAAGAUUCAUGAUAAAGCCAUCACAAUAACGUUUUUUUUAUAAACAGUGAUUUUUACCGAAACUUCAUCGUAAUAUGGUAGAGUAAGGUGCGUUGCGGAUGCAAUGCUUUAAUCGAUUGUUAUUUAAAUUAAAAAAUAAGUGUUUUAAAUAAAAGCAGCCUCCUCCAAUUUGAAUUAAUUGCUACCCAGUAUUAUUCAUUAUGGUCUGUCAGCUGGGGGCUAUCAACACAACAAGGUAAUGGAGAAAGAGGUAAGUUAGCAAAUAAAACAUUUAUAAUUCACUUAUUGCCAAUUUUGCAUAUGGAUUUGCAAAUAAUGAACGUAAUGUUUGUAGUGAAAGAUUAUCUUGGCGUAAAAAUGUGUGAAAAUGUCUGUCCAGCAUUGCGCUUCAGAGUUCAGGCUAAGGUAUAAGACAACACGAGGUCAAUUAGAAUAUUGGCCGUGCUCUGCUGCAUCUCGCUCAGUCCUUCAGAUCAUUUAAUCUAUGAUUUCUCUAAACCUGACGUUGAACCAAUCUGAAUCCACAUUUCAUUAUUAUAAAUUUGAUAUUCUAUGUGCUUCAUAUUGUCAGAUUCCAGGAUCAACAACAGUAAAUGCUGGAACCAUACAAUAAAGAUAGAUUUGUCUUAACCAGUUACAUUAAAUGGGUAGCAAAGAACAAAGAGACCAUGUUACAUUACACAUUUUCCCUUCCAUGCCAAGUUAUAUGUGUCUGAAUAAAAUCGGGCAGAUUCAUACCAACCACAAAAUUGGACUGGCUCCUUCAAUGCAAAACCCCACAUUUUGCACCUGACAUUUCCUGGCACCAACUGUGCAACCAACGAUAGCAAUGACAUCAUACAAUGAUUGUUUCCACUACCUCCAAUGUUUCCAAUAACACCAGUAUGCAGCUUUGUUCAAUGAAUAUUAGAACUGCUUUCACAACAACCAGGAGCACAUCAUGCUACCUUCAUGCUUUCUGCACAUUUUAAAGGGGCACACUGCUGACAUAGUGUCAUAGAGUCAUACAGUGUUGAAACAGGCCCUUUGGGGACAAGAGGCCAUUUGAACAGGACAUCUGGAGACCAAACUGGUCAGCUGUAGAUCGCACCUCAAAUUGCUCCAGCAUCCUUUUUGCUGCCAUGUAUUCUGGCAGCACCCAUGAUUCGUUCACCUCGAGAGUGUUCUCCAGGCCAGAUAUUUUCAGUAGCGGGCACUUCCCUUAAGGGUGAUUCCUGAGGAGCCAGGACUGCACCCUCAUUCUGUUGCUGCUCUUGCCAGUUUGGACUCCAACCACUGUAGAUGAGUGUUUUAUAAUUUGAGAUAGCAAACCGUCAAAAUAGAAGUGGUCUCCUUAAUUUUAGAUUUUGUUGCCAGCAUCAAUCCUGGGGUAUGUACCAAACAGAUGUGGGAGCCCAGGCACAAGGAAUUGCAGAUGCUGGUUUCCAUACAAAUACACAAAAUGCUGGAUUAAUUCAGUGAAUCAGGCAGCAUCGCUGAAGAGCAUGUGACUGAUUGUAGGAGGAGGAAGAAAGCUGGAAGAGAGGUGGGGCAAGUGAUGGAUGGAUACGGGUGAGGGGGAUAUGAUUGGCAGAUGGUUUGACAAAGGCCGGAGAUGAAAAUACAAAAAGCUGUGAGAUAAGGAGAGAAGAGAUGUGAAAUGUGAAGCCAUUGGAAGGGAUAUAGGUGGAAGAUGAUGGGGGUAGGGGAAAGGGAGGUGUGAUUGUGGGAGAAAUGGGUGUGCAUCCAUGUGGGGCUUGACUGAUUGUUAAGAAAGCUGGAAGAGAGAUGUGGAAACUUUAUCGCCAAAUACAAUAUGCCCCCUAACAUGAAUGUACAGGCAGCUGCUGGUGCAGGAGAAAGAACAGCAAGCUGACUAUGAGGACUAGGAGGGAUAAGCUGAAGAAUAGAAGUAAGAGGAAGAACAGGAGGAUGAGAAAGGCUGAUGGGGGAUGUCCCUGCUGAACAUCUAGAACAUUGUCUCCUACCUGGAUGGAUGAGGGGGACACUGAUGGUAGGAAAUAACCCAGUGGAAAAAAUUCCUAUUUGUAUGGAACAUUGUAAUCUGAUCCUCAAAGCAAGCCAAGGUGAUUUCCACACUACAACCA